AUGUCCAACGUCUUCGACAAUGUCGACAUCCAGUUUGCCAGCAGCAUUUCCUGCAAGACCAUGCCCAGGUGGCAGAGGAAGGCCAUGCAGGCCCAGAACUCCUCCACCUCCCGCAUGACGCCCCGCAAGGACCGCGUUCGCGGCGACCGCUUCAUCCCUGAUCGGUCUGCCAUGAACAUGGAGGCGUCUCACUACAAGAUGCUCUCUGGCGCAGACGACGAGAACACACAGCAGGACGCCGCCGGCAUGCCCGGCAGCAGCAAGAUCCUCGCGUUCAAGCAGAAGGCGCCCAAGCCCAAGGAGGGCUUCCAGAGCGACCUUCGCGUCAUGUACACCCAGAGCCGCGCCGCCGCCAAGCCAAAGAAGACGGCGCGCUUCAUCCCACAGGCCCCCGAGCGCAUCUUGGACGCCCCCGACCUCCUUGCAAACUUCUACGUCAACCCGCUUGACUGGAGCAACGAGAACAUGCUCUGCGUUGCCCUCAACGACACUGCGUAUCUGUGGAACGCCAGCAACGGCUCCAUCACAGAGUUGUGCCACCUCGAGAACGCUGGCGACUACAUUGCCUCGGUCUCCUGGGCACAGGACGGCGCACACCUUGCCGUCGGCACCAACAGCGGUGUUGUCCAGAUCUGGGAUGUCACAAAGCAGAAGCAGGUGCGUGACAUGAGUGGGCACGGCGCGCGCGUCGGUGCACUCGACUGGAACAACCACAUCCUCAGCAGCGGCUCCCAGCGCGGCAUCAUCCUCAACAGCGACGUGCGCGUGCGCGAUCACGUGAUGCAGGCGCUGGAGAACCACGCCGGGGAGGUGUGUGGCCUCAAGUGGUCGCCCAACGGCCGCAUGCUUGCGUCUGGCGGCAACGACAACCUCGUCAACAUCUGGUCCGACGCGGGCGAGGUGCGACACACGCUCACGCACCACCAGGCCGGCGUCAAGGCGCUCGCGUGGUGCCCCUGGACACACAACCUGCUGGCCACGGGCGGCGGUACCGCGGACGGCACGAUUCGCUUCUGGAACUCCACAACAGGCAACUGCACAGGCACCAUUGACACCAAGUCGCAGAUCACGUCGCUGCUGUGGAGCAAGGAGUACCAGGAGAUUAUUGCCGGCCACGGCCACAACCACAACGGCCUCAGCAUCUGGAAGUACCCAUCACUGGACCAGGUGGCCGAGCUCAAGGGCCACACCGACCGCGUCGUUGCGAUGGCGAUGAGCCCCGAUGGCGAGAUGGUUGUGUCGGCCUCUGGUGACGAGUCGCUUCGCUUCUGGAAGUGCUUCCAGAGCGAUCCCAAGCGCAAGGCCCGCAAGAUGUCGGCCAACCCAAACUCGCGCCUCUCCUCCACCAUCAGGUGA